AUGGACCGUGUGGAGAAGAGACUGCCCGCUUGGGAAGAAGGCCCUGAUGAAGGAAUGAGCCCCCCAAAACCCAAGUUUUUCAACCUUUCCUCUGGACUAACGACAGGAACGAGGAGCUCCGAGCUGCCGUCAAAGGUAGAACUUCAUGCCCUUGUGCCUGCAGAAGUUCGCCUUGGCACCACGCAACUCAUGAUUGCUUUCUUGCUAGACGAGAAAUAUUCCUCGUGGAGGUGGUUAUACAAUCGUGCCUGUGAAAACAUCGAGAUCCGCAACAAAGAAAUGCCAUUGUCACUAGAAACAUGUUUUUCUCUCACACGGACGGCGAAUGAUUCUGUUCCUCAAUACUCGAAAGGUAUGGCAGCGUGCUGUCUCCACCAUCACGCACGUCAUGUCAACUUUUCCCUUCAACUGACUCAAAACACGUGUGAGAUUGAAUUAGAGGCUUCGUACGCCUUUCGGGAGUGGUUAGAACAACAAGUAGGCACUUCGCUCGUCCAGCCGGACUGCGUAGUGCGGGAAACCAACGUGGCGGACAGCUAUAUCCAAAUGAUUAGAGAGCAGCGUCAGAAGGUUGCUACGGCGCGUGCCGUGUACAUCGCGGCUCAGGAAGAUCUUCCGUACCCACUUUUUGAAGUCACCUACGAGGAAAGGCUGAUGCAGCGUGUAGAGAGAAAGCUGCAGGGUAUUGACGCAGGGGACCUUAUAACGCCUUUUCCAGUAAAGAAAGAACUGACCCCUGAGGAAGCAGAAGCUGAAGCACGGAGGAAAAGCCUGCUUUCACGCAGUGACCAGGAACUAGAAAAGGUGCAUCCCGAAAGAAUAGAGUUUCUAGGUUUUGUUUUUGAGUCCUACAAGUAUGGCACUGGGUACCAGGCACGCAAACUUGAGAAGGAAUAUGCGAAUGCUCAUCCGCAGAAACGCGUUGAUGGGGAAGCCCCACGGUGGUACAAAUCAAGAGCUCGCCGCCCUGAAGCUGAAGCGCCAAAGUAUGACAAGGACCUUCUCCUACGUUUAUGCGGCUGCUUGUAG